CGGCACCCGGGGCUCCUCCAGCUCGGCAGCUGCACCGGGAGCUGCGGAGGAGCGGGAUGGGGGCGAGGGGCUGCCUGGGGCCGCUGCUGCCGCUGCUGCCGCUGCUGCUGCUGCUGCUGCUGCUGCCGCCCUUCCCUGGGUCCGGCGUGACCAGCGUGGGCUCGGAGUCACUGCCCGGGGCUGUGGCAGCUGCUGGUGGGGACAGGACGUGGCUCCAGCCCUCGAUCAUCGGGGGACACGAAGCCAAACGCCACUCCCGGCCCUACAUGGCGUUCCUGCAGUUCGGGGCGGGUCACGCCUGCGGGGCAGCGCUGCUGCACCGGCGCUGGGCGCUCACGGCCGCGCACUGCCUGUCUGGGAGGCCGUGGCACAAGGGGCGGCUGCUGGUGGGGCUGCACAACUGGCGGGACGACGAGGAGGAGGACACGCAGAGCUUCACCAUCCGGACUGUCUGUCCCCACCCCGGCUACGACCGACGGAUGAUGGAGAACGACCUGCUCCUGCUCCAGCUGGACGGGAAGGUGACACUGAGCAGGACACGGCAGCUGAUCCCGCUGGCGAGCCGGGAGCCGGCGCCGGGGGCGCGGUGCAGCCUGGCGGGCUGGGGGGUCGUGGACCCCCAGGGCCGGAGGUUGUCGCCCACCCUGCAGGAGAUGGAUGUGACGGUGAUGGACACGCGGAUGUGCAACAACAGCCGCUUCUGGCACGGCAAGAUCGGCCCCGCCAUGAUCUGCUUCCAGGGGCAGCGCCGCGGCUCGGCGCCCGCCAAGGGUGACUCGGGGGGGCCCUUGGUGUGCGGGAAGCGGCCGGCAGUGGCCGGCGUGGUGUCCUUCAGCAGCAAGAACGCCGCUGACCCUUUCAAACCGCCGGUGGCCGCCUCGACCGUGAAGCACAAGAAAUGGAUCCAGAAAAUUCUGCGGAGGGGCUGCGGAUCCGGCCAGCCCGACCACACGGGAUAGACCAAACACCCCUUCCUAUUUACACAGAGCAGCCCCCCAGCCUGGUGACAGCACCCUGUGAGCAUCCCUGGGAUGAGCCCAUCGGGACCCCGGCCACCCCCACGAGCUUUGCCCGGCUCCUCCUGCACCAUUUCCCUCUGCCACCACCUCGGACCGGCACAGAUCAGCCACGAGGAACCUCCAGUGCGGGGUCCUGGUCCCCCAAACGGGUGUCCUGGUGCCCAUCUCCCCCUCCAAAGCCUCUCCUGUGCAUCCCUUCCCCUGCUAAUAAAUGAGU